CAAAAAAAAAAAAAAAAAAGUAAUUUUGACAAGGUCUUGAAUUUCAUAGGUAGAGGUGGAGGAGCGUCACAAUCCACAUUCUGUAUCUAGUCUUCUCUCGUCAAUCGAAUUAAUCAGGCAAGAAAAAAGUAGCAACUACAGUUGCAGCUUCCGAGACGGGGGAGAGAUCAGACUCGAUUAAAUCACACUUUGUAAUGGGCGAAUUCGGUCAGUAGCAAUGAAAGGCGUCUUUUCGGCGCCUGGAGAUUACAUCCACUUUAAGUCUCAAGUUCCCCUCCACAAGAUUACUAUUGGGUCAAAGCAGUGGCGGUAUUAUGACUUUGGUCCGAAGGUUGUCCCUCCACUUAUCUGUAUCCCUGGGACGGCAGGAACAGCUGAUGUUUAUUACAAACAGAUCAUGUCACUCUCCAUGAAGGGAUACAGAGUAAUUUCUGUUGAUAUACCACGUGUAUGGAGUCAUCAUGAGUGGAUUCAAGCAUUUGAAAAGUUCUUGGACGCUGUUGAUGUUCAUCAUGUACAUCUUUAUGGAACAUCAUUGGGAGGCUUCCUAGCUCAACUUUUUGCACAGUAUCGUCCAAGACGUGUUCGAUCAUUGAUACUCUCAAAUUCAUUUUUGGAGACACAGAGUUUCUCUGCUGCAAUGCCGUGGUCCCCCGUUCUUAGCUGGACCCCUUCCUUUUUGCUGAAGAGAUAUGUCUUAACAGGAAUUCGUGAUGGUCCACAUGAACCAUUUAUUGCAGAUGCUGUAGACUUUGUUGUUUCCCAGGUAGAGACACUCUCAAGAGAUGACCUGGCAUCAAGAUUAACUUUGACUGUGGAAACCACUUCAGUUGGACCUCUCUUGGUUUCAGAUUCAUUUAUUACUAUAAUGGAUACAAAUGACUACUGUGCCAUUCCCCAACAAUUAAAAGAUCAAAUACGUGAAAGAUAUCCUGAGGCAAGACAAGCAUACUUGAAGACUGGGGGUGAUUUUCCUUUUCUUUCACGUCCAGAUGAAGUUAACCUACAUCUCCAGCUACACCUAAGACGGGUUGGAGUUGAAGCUAGGCCAGACUUGGUUCCAGGCACACCAAGGGGUGAUAGUGGUGGAAGUCCUAGUGAAAAGAAUGAUCGAAGAGAAGAUGCAGAUGACUCUCAGAAGGAUGAUAUAGGAGGUGGUGCUAGUCCUUCCACAGAAGAUAAUCUACCCCCAGCUUCAGAAAGCACAAGUUCCAAUGAUUUGAAUGACCAGCCCAUCAAUACUGCAAGCAUCAGUUCCAUGAGUUUGGAGUAUCUAACACCUUUCCUGAUAGCCCAUGCAGUUACUGAGAAGCAGGGAAAUAUCUUGAAUGUUGAGGCCAUUGUCCAACUUACUUACUCAGGCAUUAUCAAUUAUUUAUCUGCAGUCGUUCUAUGCAGAGAAAUUGUACAUUACGUUGAAGUGUUGUCGAAAGUCUAGAGAAGUUGUGUGACAUGGAACAAGUCAAUGCUUUGAGUUUGUAAACCAAUGAAUGUUUGGUGAUUUUAUUCUUGCAACUGCCUAGUCUGUCUCGAGUCUGGUUGGCGGAAUUCUGAGGUCUCGUGUGGCUCAAUUCUGAUUGAGAUUCAUUACUUUCUUCAGUGCAUGCCUGGAAUAAUUGCAUUCAAAAUGAUUAGAAACUCCAAGAGAUAGAAGUGGGUGGCACUCAAUGAAUAUUAAUAUUUUAUUGGUUUUGGUGACAUUGUCGAUUGCUUGAUUGCUGUAUAAGAUGCAAUUGCCAGUAAUUUGAUGCUGCCCUUUGUAUCA